AAAAACAUACGUAUAUUUUUUUCUCAUAUCAAAAAUUUUCACAUUUGUUUGUCCUUCUUCUGUACAACAGAAUUUAUUUUUCAGUAAAAAAAAAUAUAAAAUUGAGCUUCAUAAACCUCCAAAACAGCAUUUAAUAAAAUCUAAUUAAAUAGACUAACUUCGAUAAUGUCCAGCGAAGAUAACAGUAACGAUUCCAGUGAUGAAUCUGUCGAAGAGAAACGUUUCAAAGCUUCAUCUGCUUCAGCAGAAAAACAUAAACGCAAUAAAAAACAUAAAAAACACAAAAAAUCUGGCAAAAGUGACAAGUCUCACAAAAAACACAAAAAGACCAAAAAACGACACAAAUCCACUGGUUCCGACAGCGAUGAUGGUCAUAGGAAAUCCAGUGCAUCUCGACGAAGUGGAUGCAUAAAUGAAAAGUUCACAGAAAUUAUGCAAAAGGCAAGUAGAGAUCGAAGUUCACUUUUAAAAGUCGAACAUUCGAAUGGCAAUAAGUUUAGCAUACGGAAACCAAUUAUGCAAACUGAUGCCUCCAGUUUGGUCGAGGAGAUAACUAAAACCAUUCAGAACAAAGUAAUCCCAGCAAUGGAAAUUGUGUCAUCUGGAACGGAAAGUGAAGUAGAUGAUAAUGAUGUUGCCAGUCCAGAUGUUGCAAUAAUUGAAGAAGAACUCAAUCUGGAAGAGUUGAUGCGUCAAAAAGCCCUUCUACAAGCUCGUUUGGGUGCCUACAUGUCUGACACAGAUGAAGAGAAAGCAAAUGGCUCGCAAGCAGCUGCAUCUAAAGAAGCCACCGCCAAAUCUCAUUUAGCUCGUUCCUUGGAGGUGACUGUGCAUAACAAAAGGCUCGAGGAGUCGUCAUCAAAGUCCACAUCCAAAAUGAACUCUAGUAAAAAUAUUAUUAAAAUUUCCAAAACAAAUGAACCCGAUAUUAUUUUGUUGGAUGAUUCUAGCGGUGGUGUGCGAACGCCCGAGCGCCAUGCCGCCAAAUCAACGGCAGCGGCGGCGGCAUCAGGUAAACGUCAUUCUAGGUCGUCGCCCAGUGAAGGUAGAGCACCACCACCGGACAAACGUUCUCGAAUAAGAAAUACAUCGUCUGGUGAACGAGAUCGCAGUUUGAGGCGCUCUAAUCAAAGCAAAUCUCCCAAAAGAGGAGGUAGGGAAGAUAGGUCAGGUGAUCGUCGACGUGAGGAUGGCUCACGAAAUCGCCAUGAAGCACAUCAGCAGCAAGUUCAACGAAGAGAUAGUCGUCGAGACAAUGACAAUCGAUAUAAAGUUGAUCUUCGAACCGAAAUCAAUCGUGACAAGGAAAGAGAACGUGACACUACCACAAGGAAGCCUCGAGCCGAACCAGAUCGGCAAUGGCAGGAUAAUAAGCAACAAGGACAGAAUCAAAGGGGUCGGGGUAGAGACCGCGAUCGUGAUCGGGAGCGCUGGAUGCGUGAACGAAGUCACAGUCGUAGUAAAGUGGAGUCCGAUCGUAAGCGAGAGCAGCGUGAAAGGGAAAAGGAACGCAGUCGAGGAGAUGGAUCUUUGGGGAGGAAAGAAGAACGGCCUGAUCGCUAUCGGGGUUCGUUGAGUGAGGGCCAGAAAGAUAGGCCGAAGGAGUCAAGCAGCAGCGGCAGUGAUGACGAACUCAACAAUAUCGAUAUUAAUGACGACGAUGAUGAGGAAAAGAUCAUUGAAAUGAGACGCAAGCGACGAGAAGAGUUACUAAAGAAACUUGGAGGCAAACCAAAUGAAGAGGAGAACAAAUCACCAUCACCCCAGCCAACACAACCAAAUCCACAGACAAAACAGAAGUCACCAUUGCCGAUUGAAAUAGAUGAAAAAGAACCUUCUCCAAAGCCAGUUCCAAAAAGAACCCAUGUUCAUGAUGAUGAUGAGAAUUCAAACGAUACAACGCACACCCCACCACCUCAAAAGAACAACCAAGCAACUGACGAUUCUUCUCCAAAAGAAGAUUCCACAAACACAAGUACAAAAGAACAACCGCCCGCAACAACGACAGGCAAACGACCCGAAUGGGAUAUGUUUGCUGACCAAGAUGUUGAUUCUAACUUCGAUUCCCCCAGUACCAUCAUUCACAAUAAACAUCAAACUGAGAAUCCAGCUCUGACAGAUAAUUGGGAUGAUGCAGAGGGUUAUUACCGAGUGCGAAUUGGUGAGACACUUGACAAUCGGUAUGUCGUCAGUGGAUAUACUGGACAAGGAGUUUUCAGUAAUGUCAUUCGAGGCCGUGAUCAGGCAAGAGGCAAUGCUAAUGUUGCAGUCAAAAUCAUUCGAAACAAUGAGAUCAUGCACAAAACUGGAUUAAGAGAAUUGGAAAUUCUUAAGAAGCUUAACGAUGCCGAUCCGGAAGAUCGAUUUCAUUGUUUACGCCUUUAUAGGCAUUUCUUUCACAAACAGCAUUUGUGUAUGGUAUUUGAGCCAUUGGCAAUGAAUCUACGUGAAGUUCUAAAAAAAUACGGCAAAAAUGUUGGUCUUCACAUUAAAGCUGUACGAAGUUAUACCCAACAAUUAUUUUUGGCAUUGAAAUUAUUAAAGAAAACGGGUAUUUUGCAUGCAGACAUCAAACCCGACAACAUUUUAGUCAAUGAAAGUCAUUUGAUAUUGAAACUUUGUGAUUUUGGCUCAGCAUCAGCUAUAAAUGAAAAUGAAAUCACGCCAUAUUUAAUAUCACGUUUCUAUCGUGCACCUGAAAUUAUUUUGGGAAUUCCAUAUGAUUAUGGUAUUGAUAUGUGGUCGGCGGGAUGUACUAUUUAUGAAUUGUAUACGGGAAAGAUAUUGUUUAGUGGAAAGAGCAACAAUCAGAUGUUGAAGUUUUUCAUGGACUUGAAAGGAAAAAUUCCAAACAAAGUCAUUCGCAAAGGUCAGUUCAAAGAUCAACACUUUGACCAAAGUUGUAAUUUCCUCUACCAUGAAAUUGACAAAAUCACAGAAAGGGAAAAGAUAGUCGUAAUGCCCGUUAUCAAACCAGUAAGAAAUCUACAAAAUGAAUUGAUCGCUGAUCAAAACUUACCCGAUGAUCAACACCGUAAAGUUACUCAGCUAAAGGAUCUACUCGAUAGUAUUUUCGCUCUUGAUUUAUCCAAACGCAUCUCCCUUAACCAAGCUCUAACCCAUCCAUUCAUUCAGGAAAAAAUGUAAAAACACAAAAGGAAAACUUUCUUUACACAACGGCAACCAACAAAUCAUUAUACAGAUUACCAGAGGCUUUCGUCCACUUUUACUCUUCUUGUGUAAAAGAGAAAAGUAUGAAGAGCUGACACACAUCGUCUUCGUCGUCGUCGCAGUAAUAUUUCAGCUAAAAACCACAGGAUUUUUGUAUUGAAAAAGAAAUUAAACUGAAACUGAAGGUAGUGUCAGCUGCGUUACCGUGUGACGUGAUAUGUUUUAGAAUUUUGGUAGUUUACAUGAUGAUGUAAAAACCAAUUGAGCCACAAGACUUGCUGAAAAAGCAAAGCUAAUGAAGUUGCUCAAGCCAAAAAAUAUUA